AGUAAUGGCUUCAAACUCCAAAACCGAAAACAAGACGAAGAAGAAGAACACCAAAACCGUAACCAAACAAAAUUCCAAGACCAUCACCAAAUCGAAGAACGAGAACAAGAACAAGAACAAGAAGAAGGAGAACGUCUCAGAUAAUAAGAAGAACAAGAAGAGGGAGAAUGACAAUGCCAACAAAAAGAACAACAACAACAACAAGAAGAAGCUCACACACAGCAAUGGCAACUCGAAGCACCGCGGUGUUGAAUCGCUGGUUGCUCCUAGCUCCAGCUCCGAGUCACAGCAAAAGCGAGAAGUAGAAUCAGUUGAACAAGAAGAGGAAGAUAGCACUGUAGUCUCCAAUGGACGAACCGAUGGCAAAAAACCUAAGAAAGCGAAGCGUAAUCGGGAGGAGGUGCAAGAGGAAGACGAAGGAGACGCGAAAUCGCACGUGUUUCCGAUGAAUCGUAUAAGAACAAUUGUCAAGGCCGAAGAUCCCGAUUUGCGCGUUUCUCAGGAAGCGAUUUUCGUCGUCAACAAAGCUGCGGAGAAGUUCCUUGAACAAUUUGCGCAGGACGGUUAUGUUCGGUGUGUUCAAGAGCGUAGGAAGUCUCUGAGCUACAAGCACCUAGAUCCAUGCUUCCGGUUUCAGCGCAUGUUGUGAGUAAGCAGCGGAGAUAUGAAUUUCUUUCUGAUUUUGUUCCUGAGACAAUGAAAGCUGAGGAUGCAUUAUGAGAGAGAAAUUCAGGAGGGAAUGGAGGAAGUUAGAAACUGUAAAGCAAUGCAAGUGGGGAAUUCAAUCUUAUACCUUUAUCUAAUGUUGUAACAAUAUGUUAUAGAAGUAUGUAUCUAAUGAGUAAUUCACUGCUUUGCAUUCCAUAGUGUAUGUUACUUUCACAACUCCCUGUAAGAUGCAUAUUUAUGCUCUGCAGAUGCAUCCAUUGUUUAAGAUGAAACCAAUUUAUCUGCCAUCCAUUUUGAAACAUAUAAUACUUAACGGGGAGUUUCUUUGGUGAAGAGUAGAAUUAGGUAGAGAGUGAAUAUUUUUACUAAAUUUAGGAAAAACAUGUGCAUUGCAUAUGACAAAUUUUUUUGGGUGGAUUUUUUCUUUACUUAAAAAUGUAAUUAUUACUCUUCACCAAAGCAUCAUCAAUCUUCAUC